AUGGUAUUGGUGGGAAUAGGGGGCAAAAAUGUGGGUCCCAACAGUAAUGGUGUAAAGAUUGAUCCAGUUAGCAAUGGUGUCACAGCAAGGAUCAAGCUGCUAGCACAAGCAGGAGGAGAGGGGAGGAAAACUUGUGAAUAUCCAGCAAUAAGAAAUGGACACCUUUAUGAGCCAUAUUACCAGAAACAGGAAUACUUUCAAAGAAGUUUUCCAGCAUCUAUUGGAAGAGAAAUGUACUACCACUGUGAUGACCAUUUUGUACCUGUCCUUGGAACUAACUCAUAUAAUAGCUAUUGGACAAGAUUUACUUGUACUGAAGAAGGAUGGUCUCCAGUGCCAAAAUGCAUUAGACAGUGCUCCAUUAGGUCAAUACCAUAUGGCCAAUUUUUACCAAGAAAAAAAACUUUUAAGGAAGGUGAAAUGAUAAGAGUUGAAUGUCAUCGAGGCUACAGUCUUCAAAAUAAUCAAGACAAAAUUACAUGCACCCAAAAAGGCUGGUCUAUUGAUCCAUAUUGUAAAAAGAUAAAAACAUGUACAGUACUCAGAUUGAAUUUAAAUAAUGGAUUUUUUUCUGAUUCAAAACGGCAAUAUCUUGUCAAUACAAAUGCAAAUUAUCAAUGUAAAGAAGGAUAUGCAACAAUAAAAGGAAAAAAAGAAGGAUUUAUCACCUGUGGACCAAAUGGAUGGUCAGGUCAACCAACAUGUAUUAAAAUUUGUGAUAUUCCACAAUUUGUAAAUGCCAUAUACAAAGGAGAUAAGACAUUCCUUAGGCCUAAUGAAAGAUUAGAAUAUGAAUGUAUGGAUGGAUAUGAAACCGAAAGUGGGCAAACUAUAGGUUUCAAAAUAUGUGAUCAUGAUGAGUGGCCUACAGUGCUUGAAUGCUAUGAAAGAACAUGUAAUCUCCCUAUUUUACAUCAAGUGGAACCUGAUCUCAAGAAAGAGAAAUAUAAAGUUGGAGAUGUACUAACUUUUCGCUGCAUCAGACGAUUUAAAAUAGUUGGACCAUCAUCUGUGCAGUGUUACCAUUUUGGAUGGUCUCCCAGACUUCCCAUAUGUAAAAAGGAAGUAAACUGUUGUGAGCAGCCACCAGAAAUUUUGAAUGGCAUAGCUAAGGACUCAAAGAAAAUGAUAUAUUGCCAUGAUGAUGUAGUAGAGUAUAAUUGUAACCUUGGAUUUGUAAGGAGAGGACCCAGGAAGAUACAAUGCAAUGAUGGAGAAUGGACAACCUUACCCACUUGCAUUGAGGAAAAAAGAAGAUGUGCAGAAGUACCUGAACUUUCCCAUGGUUAUAUUCAGACUACUACUGAUCUGUCAUAUUCUCAUGGGUCUUCGGUGGAAUAUGGCUGUGUGGAGAAUUUUAUAAUGGUUGGGAAAAAGACAAGUACAUGUAUUCAUGGAAAUUGGACACAGCUACCUACAUGCUUUGAAAAGUACAGACUUGGGAAAUGUGAACUGAAAUUUUUUGAAGAUUUGCAAGUCAACAUACUCAAUGCAUUUCAUUUUAUUAUCAUUAAUUACAAAUGUAACUGGAAUUCUAAAUUCAAAAUUACAACGUGUAGAAAUGGAAGAUGGUAUCCUCCACCAAACUGUCCAACAAUGAAAUCUUGUACACCUCCACCACAAAUACCUAAUUCUCAAGAUAUUAAUAUAAUGGUGAAUUAUAAGGAUGGUGAAAAAAUAGGUAUUAUUUGUAAAGAAAACUACAUUCUUCAAGGACAAGAAGAGAUAAUAUGUGAAAAUGGACACUGGAAUUCAUUACCACGAUGCAUUGAAAAACAGCCAUGUUCUAAACCACCUGCUAUAAAAUAUGGAGCCCUUAAGUCAGUGAAAACUUCAGAAGACAAUGACAAUUUGGAGCCCAAUAUCUAUGGACAUGAUACUAUAGUGAGCUACAUGUGUCAACAGGGUUUCAUGAUGAUAGGAGGAGAGGAGAUAAAAUGCCACAUGGGAAAAUGGAGCUCACCUCCUCGUUGUGUUGAUGCAAGAUGUUUACCUCCACCCAAGUUUAAUAAUGCUGACAUUGUUGGUACUUUUAAAACAUAUUAUAUGCCAGGAGAUAGUGUGAUUUAUCAGUGUUCAUCAAAUUUUCACCCUGAAGGAUCAAUUGAAGUGACUUGUACAGGAGGCAACUGGAAAGGGGAUCCUCAAUGCAAAGAGGAACUGAAAACAUGCGGACCACCUCCACCUAUUGGUAAUGGAGAUAUCACAACCUUCCCAUUACAUAAAUAUGCUCCAGAGACAAGAGUGGAAUACAGAUGUCAAAAUCUUUAUGUGCUCCAGGGUUCCAAAUUUGUAAUAUGCAAAAAUGGAAUAUGGACAAAUGCACCAACAUGCCUAGAGCCAUGCACAGUAUCUGAAGAAAUAAUGAAGAGAAAUAAUAUACGACUUCGAUGGAAACACACUGAAAAAAUUUAUUUAAGAACAGGACAAGUUGCUGAAUUUGAUUGUAUUUGGGGAUAUCAUAGGGCUGAGAGAUCACCUCCAUUCAGAGCAGCAUGUGUGGAAGGAAAAAUCAAUUAUCCCAUAUGUAAUUAA